AUGAAUACAAAACAAACGUCCUUAGAAAGUUUCCUUGGAAAAAAGAAAAGGCUCAGUAAAGAGACCGAAGAGCCUUCAACAUCAAAGAAACAUGCAACUUUUAGCAGACAAUACCAUGAGUCCUACUUGAAGUAUGGUUUUGUCGGGACAGGCGAUUCACACAAACCAAAACCGCUCUGCAUAGUUUGCGGCGAUCAACUCUCUAAUGAUGCAAUGAAACCUUCAAAACUUCUUCGCCACUUGAACGCCAAGCACCCUGGAUUAAAAGACAAGCCCCUGGAGUAUUUUGAAAGAAAAAAACGGGAACACGAAGUACAGAAAAAAUUUAUGAUGGCCACCACAUCAAUAAAGGAGAGUGCACUAAGAGCAUCAUAUUUGGUGGCUAACCGCAUUGCUAAAGCUAAAAAGCCAUUCAAUAUUGGUGAAGAAUUAAUCUUGCCCGCCACUAAAGACAUUUGCCGUGAAAUAAUGGGAGAAGCUGCUGUGGAAAAGAUAGCACAUGUGCCUUUGUCGGCUAGCACUGUGACUAGGCGCAUUGAGGAAAUAGCCGAAGACAUUGAAAAGCAAUUGUUGGAGAGGAUUAAUGCAUCACCGUGGUACGCACUCCAGGUUGACGAAUCUACAGAUAUUGACAGCAAGACAGUACUACUUGUUUAUGUGCGAUAUCUAUAUCAGGAAGAUGUGCAUGAGGAUUUGUUAUGUGCACUAUCUUUGCCAACCAACACCACAGGAGCAGAACUGUUCAAGUCACUGGGUGGUUAUAUAUCAAAACAACUAAAAUGGUCCUUUUGUGUAGGCAUAUGCACAGACGGAGCUGCUGCUAUGACCGGACGUCUAUCUGGUUUAACUGCUCGGAUUAAGGAAGUUGCACCUGAGAGUGAAGCUACACAUUGUCUCAUUCACAGGGAAGUGCUAGCAAGCCGAAAAAUGUCACCAGAAUUUAACAGCGUAUUGAUUGAUGUCGUUAAAGUUAUUAACUACAUCAAAGCACAUGCCCUUAACUCGCGCCUGUUUGAACAGCUUUGUGAGGAGAUGGACGCAGAGUACAGAUGCCUUCUGUUAUACACAGAAAUAAGAUGGUUAUCCAGAGGAAAAUCACUACUGAGAGUAUUUGAAUUGCGAGAGCCAUUGCAAAGAUUUCUCUUAGAAAAGAAGUCACCGCUGGCAGCACAUUUCAGUGUCAAGUUGGCUGACAAAGUAGCUGCCUUUAAAGCCAAACUGGAGUUAUGGGGACGACGCGUGAACAGAGGCAUUUUCGACAUGUUUCAGACAUUAGCGGGUAUUUUAGGCGAGACAGAGCCUGAAGAUUCAUUCUCCCAGUUGGUUCACGAUCACCUGUCUUUGCUUUUAAAAGAGUUCGAGCGCUACUUCCCAACCACAAAAGACCCACGAACUGGUAAGGAAUGGAUCCGCGACCCAUUUGCCAACAAAUCGGGUGAAUCUAGCUUGUCAAUGCAAGAAAAAGGUUAA